GAGAGGGAAUAAACGAAAUUUAAACGGGAUCGAGAGCAGAAUGUUUAAAGCGGCCGAUUUCCGAUGUGUGUUGCAGCCGCUCAGGCGAAAAUCCUGGGUCCGGAAGACGUCUUCGUGAAGAAGGGUAGCACGAUAAGCCUCACGUGCACCGUUAAUGUGCAAAGUACACCGCCCAGCAGCGUUUCGUGGCAUCACGGAGGAGAUGUGGUGGAUUUCGACAGUCCCAGCGUUCACCGUAGGGGCGGGGUUUCCUUGGAGACGGAGAAGACGGAAAGCGGGACGACGAGCAGACUUCUGGUGACACAAGCCAGAUUGACCGACAGCGGAAAUUACACCUGCAUUCCCAGCAACGCGAAUCCAGCCAGCGUGGUGGUCCACGUGCUGAAUGGUAAGAGCCCUUUUUAUUCCCUCAACCCUCGUUCGACCGACUCUCUCCCCCUUCUCUCUCUCUCUCUCUCUCUCUCCCAACCCCAUCCCCCUGGUCCCACUCCGUCAUGGCUUAACUUAAUUUCUUCGGGACUCGAGAGCGACGAUCAGUCUUGCGCCUAGACGUAGCUGCGCCGUGACACACAAGUUUCUUAAUAUUGAUCCAUACUCUUCUUCUUGUAACGCUGUUUAUCCUUUAAGAAGGAAUGUCUAA